AUGUCUUUGAAGCAGAACAGCUCUGACGACGAGAAGAGGAUUGCGGUCGACAAUGGAGUAUUGGAUACAGCUUACGGUGACGUCGAAGAUCCAAUCGAGGCAAAUGAAGUGUUCAAGAAGACGGAAGAUGGUGUGAACUAUCGAAUGGUAUCAUGGCAACGAGCCACGAUCAUCUUCUUGAAGAGUGCGUUGAUUAUAUCUCCCAGAUAAGUAACUCAAGACUAAUAAUUGGAUAGUUAUCUUCGCCACUGGUGUACUGUCGAUUCCUUCGGCAAUGUACUCUCUAGGUGCGGUUGGGGGGUCCCUCUCCGUAAUAGGAUGGGGAGCACUGAAUAGUCAGUCUCGAACCCCGAUUUGAUGUUCCAGAAUGACACUGACACGGCGAUUUGAUAGCUUAUACCGCGGUCAUUCAAGGAGAUUUUCGAAAUUCGCACCCUGGGUGUCACUCCAUUGCUGAUAUGGCCAAUGUCCUUGGUGGAGUUGCGCUCAGAGAACUUGCGGGCGCUUUAUUCUUGAUGGCUUAUGUCCUAUGCGCUGGUUCUGGCAUAUUGGGUGUAUCGAUUGGACUCAAUGCCCUCUCUACACAUGCUGCAUGCACAGUAUGGUGGUCCCUGAUUGCAACUGUUUUUGUGGCAUCUACCGCAUCGAUUCGGAAGUUCCACACUCUGAGUUGGUUGACUUGGGCUGGUUUUGCCAGUAUCUUCAUUGCGGUAUUCAUAGUAGUCAUUGCCGUUACAACACUUGAUAGACCUGCUGCCGCUCCGCAAACUGGAGACUUCGAUUUGGGAUAUGAAAUUAUUGGACACCCUACCUUCAUCGUGGGAAUGACCGCAUCAGCCACCAUCUUUGUGUCUUCUGCUGGUACUUCAGCAUUCCUUCCGGUCAUUUCGGAGAUGCGUCGCCCUAAGGAUUUCAGAAAAGCUUUAUACACUUGUAUGUCUUUUGUCAACCUGGCAUAUCUAAGUCUUGCCCUCGUUGUGUAUAGAUGGUGUGGAAAAUGGGUCGCGUCCCCAUCGUUGGGGAGCGCAGGGCAAAUGAUCAAGAUGAUUGCCUAUGGCAUUGGUCUCGUUGGUCUGAUCGUCUCCGCGACAUUGUACCUCCAUGUUGCCGCAAAGUAUUUGUUCGUUCGUAUACUGAGAAACACACGUCAUCUUCAGACGAGCACUUUCGUCCAUUGGUCCGUCUGGCUCAGUUGCACUUUUGGUCUCGCUUCCCUUGCAUUUAUCCUUGCUGAAGCCAUCCCAAUUUUCAAUUUCUUGAUCGCCUUGACGGGAACCAUCUGUUUUGCUCCACUGGCAAUUAUGCUCCCUGGAGCACUCUGGUUAUACGAUCACCCACACUUCCGAAAAGGAGGCUUUGGACAGAAGAUUGCUUAUUACGCGCAUUGGCUUUUGCCUGCCUUGGGUCUGUUCUUAUGUAUUGGUGGUACCUAUGGUGUUGUGCAGUCGAUUAUCGAUGCUUAUGCUGAUGGAGAAAUUGGUAAGUUUCUCUCUGUGUGAUGUAAUGGAUGAGCUCGCUAAUAGUUUCCCAGGUGGCGCUUUCAUGUGUGCAGACAACUCGGGCUCAACUUAA